UAUUGCACCAUGCUCCAACACCCAGGCUCGCUUACAGGGAUGCCUUUUUGACACACAAUCUCAAGUUUUUACCACUAACUGGAAAGCGUGCAGUAGGCCAGCGUGCGUGUGUAGUAUGCUGGUCAACAACCAAGAGGGAACAGAAAAGAAAAAUGGUGAUGACUUGGUGCACAGCGUGUCGGGUCGCUCUGUGCCAUGUCCGAUGUUUCAACGAGUAUCACAGUCUUGAUGACUUCUAAAUGUCCAAGACUGGUGCCAAAACAUGUAAAUACAGAAUAAGUGAGUGUAUAUAGUGGAAAUAAAUCAUAAGAAAUUGUUUAUUUUAUUGUGAAAUAAGACAUUUUUGUGCAAAUGCUUGUGACACUAAUAUGUGGAUACAAUAUACAAUGACAACAGUUUUAUGUUUAUAAAUCAUCUUGUGAGAGCGUAUUGAACCACACCAGUUAAAAAAAUGGGUGUAAAAUACCCCAUAGAUACUGUAAAUAAUAACGCGAAAAUAAAUUCGCGGCAACUCGCGCUACUUCUCCGUCGCGCCUGACUCACCCCGUGUGCACAGCAGUCCAGCAAAGAUCAGGCGUGACAUCAUCGACGAUCUUCUCGGCUCGUUUACGUCCACGGGUGUUUACAUGGUUGGUGCAUGAUAUGGUUUACAACUGUACUACAUAGCAACGGAAUGGCCUCAGUACAUCACAACCCCCCACACUUCUGUUAUUAAAAGUGUUUUCAUGUUGGUGGAAAUCCAGUAUUUUUAAUAUGUUGUAUGUGUAGUAUAGUGCUUGAGUACAUUAUAUUUUCAGUAAAUCUGGCAGAAAACUUAUAAUUUUAAGUAAAUAUAUAAACAGAAAAUGGAAUUACUUGCUGCAUUAGCCCAUGAUCGUGCAUUGAGAAAAGAAAGAGUUUUCAAAGAUCCUCUAGAUCCAUUAGAUAUUAGUGAUGAGCACCUUUUAAAGUACUACUGUUUUCCACGUCACGUGAUAUUAAGGUUUUGUGAUGUGCUAAAAAAUGACAUUGCUCGCAUAACUAAAAGGUCCCGUGCUAUUCCCUGUCAUACAAUAGUGUUAGUAGCUCUCAGAUUUUAUACAAGUGGUAGUUUACAAAGUGUUAUUGCCGAUUCGACUGGUUUAAGUCAGUCAAGUGUGUCACGAAUAAUAACCGAAGUGACUGAUGCUUUCUAUAGAAAAGCAGUAGCAGAAAUAAAAAUGCCAACAGAGAUGUCUGAAAUUAUAGAAACAAAGGCAAAAUUUGACAGCCUAAAUGGGUUUCCAAAUGUUAUUGGUGCAAUCGAUUGUACCCAUGUUCCCAUAAGGGCUCCAAAAGAAAGAGAAUACAUGUUUGUAAAUCAGCAUAAUUAUCACUCAUUGAACAUUCAAGUUGUGUCAAAUAGUGAACAUUUAAUAUUAGAUUUUUGUGCAAGAUACCCUGGAAGUGCUCAUGACUCCUUGAUAUGGGCCAACAGCAGACUUCGUAGCAGAUUUGAGGCAGGAGAAUUUGGCAGUUCUUAUUUACUAGGUGACAGUGGCUAUCCCCAGGAACCUUACAUCAUGACACCCUUCAAGUUUCCAGGAAACCCUCCAGAAGUGUUCUAUAAUAGGAGUCACUCCAAAACGAGAGUAGUGAUUGAACAAACAUUUGUUUUAUUAAAGUCACGGUUUAGAUGUCUUCACAGUUCUGGGGGUUGUCUGAAACAUGAACCAGAGAAAUGCUCUAAGAUAGCAAUAGCAUGUAUAUUGCUUCACAAUUAUUGCAUACAGGAGAGAAUACCCAUAGAGGAUCUCAUUGGUAAUGAUGAUCUACCCCAAAGUGAACACAAGAUUCAUAAUGCAUCAGCAAGUGGCCAGGCAGUAAGGAGGGAGGUAGUAGAGAAACAUUUCUCGUAAAAUACUCUUAAUUUGAUUUCAUUCAUUUUAUUUCAAAUAUUUCUUUAACUUUGCAGCAAAGUUAAAUUUUAUACAAAUUGUCAGUUAAAAUGUAUAAAGUAAUUGUUAGAAUAGUUAUGUGUACAACUAAACCUGUAUCUUGCAAAAAUAAAAUUAUGCAUAUAA